AUGAGGGAUCAGUCUCAAACUACAGGUGCAUGCCCUGCGCCCCAGACGGGCCCAUCACCCUUCUCUCCUCACAAUACCUGCGUUCAAGCCGAGCACUGGCUGACCUCAACCCGGCAGAGCAUCCUCGACAAGGGCUGGGCGGAUUACGGGAGGUGGGUCGACGGAGAUGAAGAGCUACGCGCUCCUCUGUACCACCAGCCUUGGGAUGCGGAGCGUAUCGAGGAGUGGCACCGAGUCCGAAGCCUGAUCUGGCAUUCGCUCCCCGCCGAGCUCUCUCGUCAGCCAGAGGUCAUCGCCAUCGUCGGUCCGGACGCACCCCUCUGCUCAGACUUGCAUCAAGUCUUGGAGCAGAUACACGGUCGGCUGCUGUGGGAGCUAAGUCCCAAGGAAGCUUCCUCGCGCUGCAUGCACCAAAAGAAUAUCCAUCCUCCUGGGGAGCCCGUCCGUCCUUUACCGCAACAUCACGCCUCGCAACCGGUCGGUCUCGGCCUCGCUCGCACUUCCGGACGCAUCAUCGACACGCCGAUCUCGCGGAUCGUCGGCAGCACGGCGGUCGGGGCUAUCUCAUCAGCCAUCGGUCUACCCCCACUUAUCCCAAGUCGAGCUACGGAGGGGCGUGAAGCUCUCCAUCCACAUCCAGGACGUCGUCUGCUGCGCUCCAAAGCCGUAUCGGGAGCAGCUCCGCAAGAUCUUGGUCUCGGUCGGCGACGAUCUCAAUCCUGCUUGCCAUACCUGCCCGCUCGGGAGCGGGACCUACAGUCCCUUCGCGUACUCCAGGCCGGUACGCGGGUCCUGCAGGAGAUAGCGGACGGGUACGAUCAGCGUCACUUCAUCAUCCCCGACAUCCACCCCAGCCACCGCCUUCAGCUAUGCGAUGGCUCCUUCACGGCGGCCAAGCUCGUCCUCAUGCUACACUGGAGCUCUCUCCACGACGACAACCUCAUCCUCUCCUCCGAGGCAUUCACUACCGUCCUACUGCGGCAAUUCGGCCUUCUCCCGCCCGAGGAAUCGGGGCUGCGUCAGCUCGCAGCUCUCAACCUUUUCCCCAUCCAGGCCACCGCGCAUUCGAAAGCGGAUGAUAUCGCCUGCCCAAAAGUCGAUGGGACGGAGCUGCCAUACCCAGCAGUCUGCCUAGAUCGGUUCAAAGCGGAUCGGCUUGACAUGAUUGUCCAGUCCAUCAAGACGGGCAACAGACAGAUAUUUGCCCUUUUUGGCAAGAAGAGGAACGAGGAGAUCGUGGCGGGCGUCAUGGACAGGUUGGGGGAUUCUUACAGUCGGUACUCCUUCAAGGUGGCGGUACCGAUGCUGCUGGACUGGGAGAUGGGGAUCGAGGGAGUCGGCUUGUCGGUGGUCAAGCAGUCCCUCCUCGGUCGGAAUACUAUCAAGGCGGACGAGCACAUCAUCCGGAAUCCGGACUCGCUCUUCAGCAUCGAGGAGCGGCUCGCUCAUCAUGCGGCGAAUCGUCCUUCGGUCGGCAUCGACUUUGACCUGAUUGUUCAGGGUGGUGAUAUUCGGACGGUCCUCGUCCGGCCACCUCAUCCUUCCUGCUGCGGUUACAGCAAUACGUCUCGCCUCAUCGCGCAAAGCCUAGACUUUACCUGCCAAUUUCUGGCUGGUCUCCUGGACGGGUCUUUGCUGAAUCGACCAUCCUCUCCACCCGUGGUGCUCCACUUUCCCCACUCUACCAUUCCUCUAGGUACAAAGGCGCCCUCGUCGACCGACUUCGUAUGGAAAUCGGUCUUCACCCUGGGCCAGACAGUACCGCUACGCCUUUCGACCUGGCGAAUUUACCAAGCUGCCUCCGGCAUGACAUCUUCCGUCAUGGCGUCGCUGCGGUCGUCCCAACACCAAAGAUCUCAACAUUAUCCUGGCGCGACGCCCCUCGUAUCGCUCUCGCAAAUCUCAGCUCCAUAUACGCGGACGAAAGAAAAGGAGCAAAAACACUGCGCCGGUCACGGCGGCAUGGCCAUGCGGACCAGAGCGGACCAGCGCAGUCGGCGCGCUCAAGCCUGGACUGGCGACUCGCGCCUUCACGUUCACGUCGACCCAGUCCCCUACGUACACGGCACGAUCGCUGCUGGUCGGUUCCCGCUACGGGUGGAGACUGAAGGCGUUGCAGCGUAUCAGGCGUUUCCUCUGGUGGAGGAGAAGCUGACGAGGGGAAGUAGCUGUAACACCAGGCAGCAUGUCCAUACCACGCAGGCAAGUACCACAUAA